CUCUGCUGUGAGAAUUACCAGUAACAGUUCGGUAUGGGCGAUAUUCUGGCUCACGAAUCUGAAUUACUUGGCCUAGUGAAAGAGUAUUUAGAUUUUGCUGAAUUUGAAGACACUUUGAAAACAUUUUCGAAAGAAUGCAAAAUAAAAGGAAAACCAGUAUGUAGGACAGGUGGAUCUUUAAGAGACUCCAGGUCACUAAUAAUUCAGAAGGAGCUCCUUGCUGCCUUCGACAGCGGAGAGCAGAAGGUGUUCUUCGAUCUGUGGGACGAGCACAUUCCCAGGUGUGUCCGCGAGGGCGACUCCCUUGCCCAGAAGUUGGAGUUCUACGUCCACAUCCAUUUCGCCAUCUAUCUACUGAAGCACUCUGCCGGGAGGCCGGACAAAGAGCAACUGGAUGACAGAAUUUCUUUCUUCAAAACUUUCUUGGAGACCAAAGGGGCAGCCCUGAGCCAGACCACCGAGUUUCUUCCUUUCUAUGCCCUUCCCUUCGUGCCCAACCCGAUGGUCCACCCCUCGUUUAAAGAGCUCUUCCAGGAUUCCUGGACUCCAGAGUUAAAGUUGAAGUUGGAAAAGUUUCUAGCUUUAGUUUUUAAAGCUAGUAACACCCCAAAACUCUUAACCAUCUAUAAAGAGAAUGGACAAGGUAACAGAGAAAUGUUGCAGCAGCUGCAGCAGCAGCUGGUGGAGGCGGAACGCAGGUCAAUGACCUACCUGAAGCGGUACAACAAGAUCCAGGCAGACUACCACAACCUCAUCGGGGUCACGGCGGAGCUGGUGGAUUCCCUGGAGGCCACGGUCAGUGGCAAGAUGAUCACCCCCGAGUACCUCCAGAGUGUCUGCGUCCGCCUCUUCAGCAACCAGAUGCGGCAGAGCCUGGCGCAUAGUGUGGACUUCACGAGGCCCGGGACGGCUUCGACCAUGUUGCGAGCCUCCUUGGCACCCGUGAAGCUGCAGGAUGUCCCACUACUGCCCUCCCUGGAUUACGAGAAACUGAAGAAGGAUUUGAUCUUUGGGAGUGACCGCUUGAAAGCCUUCUUGUUGCAGGCUCUGCGCUGGCGCUUGACCACAUCCCUUCCUGGGGAGCAGAGGGAGACGGUCCUGCAAGCCUACAUCAGCAACGACCUCCUGGACUGUCAUAGCCACAACCAGAGGAGCGUGCUCCAGCUGCUGCACUCCAAGAGCGAGGUGGUGCGGCAGUACAUGGCCCGGCUGCUCAACGCCUUCGCGUCGCUGGCUCAAGGUCGCCUCUACCUGGCCCAGAACACAAAGGUGCUGCGGUUGCUGGAGGGACGGCUAAAGGAGGAGGACAAGGACGUCAUCACCCGUGAGAACGUGCUUGGGGCCUUGCAGAAGUUCAGCCUCAGGCGCCCACUGCAGACAGCGAUGAUUCAGGAUGGCCUCAUCUUCUGGCUGAUCGACAUCCUGAAGGACCCCGACUGCCUGUCCGACUACACACUGGAGUACUCGGUGGCUUUGCUCAUGAACCUCUGCCUCCGGAGCGCAGGGAAGAACAUGUGCGCCAAGGUGGCAGGCCUCGUGCUGAAAGUUCUCUCAGAUCUGCUUGGCCACGAAAACCACGAGAUACAGCCGUACGUGAACGGAGCUCUGUACAGCAUCCUUUCGGUGCCGUCCAUCCGCGAGGAAGCAAGAGCAAUGGGAGUGGAAGACAUCCUGCGUUGCUUCAUCAAAGAAGGCAGCGCCGAGAUGGUCCGCCAGAUCGAGUUCAUCAUCAGGCAGCUCAACUCUGAAGAACCGGACGGUGUUCUUGAAUCUGAUGAUGAUGAAGAUGAAGAUGAUGAAGAGGACCAUGACACCAUGGAAGCUGAUCUGGACAAAGACGAGCUGAUCCAGCCCCAGCUUGGAGAGCUCUCAGGCGAGAAGCUUCUGACCACGGAGUACUUGGGAAUCAUGACUCACACGGGGAAGACGAGGCGAAAGGGGCUGGCCAGUGUGCAGUGGAGCAGCGACGAGCCCCUGCGCCGGCCUGUCACCCCCGGCGGCCACAGGAACGGGUACCCAGUGCUGGAGGACCAUCUCACUUCCCACACUGCCCGACAGGCCCUGCCAGACCAUCACCGGGCCGUCGGCAAGGAGGGCCGGCCUGGUGCUUCCGAGUCCUGCGUUUCCUCUCCACCAGCUGUCGAGGCCCAGCCAGGUUGGUGGGUGCCAGGAGGACGUCAGGAGGAGCCUCACCUGUCCCCCACAGCAGCCCCCAGCCAGCCAAGGGAGGUGCCCUGGGACCCGAGCAGUGGAGAUACCACCAGGGACUGUGCAAUGGCCUUCACCUGCAAGUCCCGGGCCCCCCGCGCCCCGGAGAUCCUGGACCUGAACUCCCCCAAGGCAAAGGCGUCAGUGCUGGCCCCUCAGCUGUCCCCAUGCGGCCCCCAGCAGGCCAGCCGCCCUGGCUCCACCGCUUCCUCCGUGAGGAGCCUGCAGAGCAACCAGAGUUACAGGAAGUGAGGAUGGAGGCUUUCCCCGGUGUCGCCGUCACGUUGCCUGAGGACCAGCCAGCUUCCCGUUCUCAGCCAGCGGCAGCUGCGGGCCGGAUGUGAAGAGAUAGCUAUCCCCGGGCGGCAGCCCAGGAGCAAGGCCAUUGCGGCCCACCAUCCGGGGCUCUUUCUCCCCCAGCAGAGCCUGUGACUCCCGUCCUGGCGGGAACCUCUCCUGAUCACCGUUGGCACCAGAGGAGGAGGAGGGCUUUUGCCCUCGGCAGACCUCCUGGCCCCGGGAGGGCUCCGGAUUCCGCAGCCACAGCCCCUGGCCCUGGGUGUGGACAGUGCACGGCCACACCAGCCAGCAGGGUUCAGCUCCCGGCCGGGAGGAGGCCCUUCUAGAGAGUGGCCGUGUGCUGUGUCUGCUGGCCAGGGCCACCUCGGUGGGGACCAGCUUCCGCACUCCCACCAGCUAGUAGGAGGCAGGAGGGACCCGCGCAACCUCAAACCGCGUGCCUCGGCUGCCAUUGGGUAUUUUCUGCCUGUUUUAAAAUCUGAGGAAGAAGCAGCCAGGCGGCACAGUCCAUCGUGUGCUGGAAGCCACGGGGCGACUGCGGGUCGUACGUCCCCAAGUCAGCCUCAGACUCGCCGGGUGCAUGUGCGCAUGACAGAUCCUGAGCCAUGGGAGGACGCGGCAAGGGGAUCGAGGUGUGGCGACCCUGUCGAGAAUGCUGUUUCUCUCUCUCUCUCUCUCUCUCACACCCUCUCCCUCUCCCCCCCACACACAUACACACA